AUGGCAUCCUCCUGGUCUGCUUGGCCGACGGGGGCAGCCUCCUGGCCAUCCUGGCCUACGCCCAAGGCGCAGGCCCUUGCGCGAGCCGCGGCGAGGGCAUCGUCCCAGCCACAGACCCCAUACCGACUUCGGGCGAACGAGGCCCCCCCUCGGCGUGCAGAUGACGCGGCGCCGGCGCGGCCUCCGACACUGCCAAAGCCGCAGCCGGCACAGCGAGUUGCUCAAAAGGAGCAAUCUCAACUUGUUCACCAGCCGGCCCUUCCUCGCAAAGUCCGACCUCCCGUGUCGACGGGCCCACGGCCGGUUUUGAAGCCCCAGCGAGGGGAGAUUUCUGCCGCCCCGGUGCUUGACCCGCCGUCCGUGGUGGCUGCUUCGCGGAUCAUGCAAGAGGCUUAUAACUCGGACACGGACAGGGGCGAGACCUCCGGCGAGGACGACGAUAUCUUGCGAUGGUCCCCGCCCUCUGUAGGCUCCUGGGAAAGCGACGAUGAGCGCCCUGGCUUCCUGGAGGCUGCGUGGCAACUCGU